CUUUCUUUUUUUUUAUUAGAACAAUUGUCAAGCAUUCCGGGUCGAACAUUUUGCUGUGCUGUAAAAUAUCGUAUUUUUCUCUGUUUGUUUGUACAAAUAUGCAAAGUUUGUUGGUAUAAUAGUGCAUUCCUUCUCAAGCUUUUCGCGUACGGGUCAAUCACUUAUUUGUGCAGUUGUUUAAUUCCGCUGGGAAAUCAUUGUGUCAACUAUUGCAGAGCAUUAGAAUAUCCGGCAACAGUUUUUCAGGCUCACUCUACUUACCAUGUGGAAAUCAACGGCGGGCCGCGAUAUUGAUACUACCGCUGUAAACCAAGGAGCCGAGGAUGACGACUGGGAAACGGAUCCAGAUUUUGUGAACGAUGUUAGUGAACAGGAGCAACGAUGGGGCUCCAAAACUAUCGAAGGCAGUGGCCGCAAUGCUGCCGCCAUCGACAUGCAACAGCUGCGCGAGGAAACGGAACGCGCCGAUGCGGAUAAGAAGCGUAAAGAAGGUCCAAAAGCAUCACAUGGGUACGGUGGCAAGUUUGGCGUGGAAAAGGACCGGAUGGACAAAUCUGCGGUCGGCCACGAACACAUCGAGAAGGUGGAGAAACACGCUUCUCAAAAGGAUUACGUAUCCGGAUUCGGGGGUAAGUUCGGGGUACAGAAGGAUCGCGUCGAUAAAUCAGCCCUCGGUUGGGACCAUGUUGAGAAAGUGGAUAAACAUGAGUCACAGAAAGAUUACAAGACUGGAUUUGGUGGGAAGUUUGGCGUUCAGCAAGAUCGUCAAGAUAAAUCAGCCGUCGGAUGGGAUCAUAUGGAAGCGCCACAGAAACACGAAAGCCAGCUCGACCACAAAGUGGGCUUCGGAGGAAAGUUUGGUGUGCAGACCGAUCGAAAGGAUAAAUCAGCCUUUGGCUGGGAUCAUGUGGAGAAACCACAGAUGCACGAAAGUCAGCUCGAUCACAAAAUUGGAUUCGGUGGAAAGUUUGGAGUACAAAACGAUCGGAUGGAUAAAUCAGCACUUGGGUUCCAGGAGCAGGAUAAAAUCGGUACUAAUUAUACGAAGGUGAAGCCAGACAUUGGAUCCGCUAAGCCGUCCAAUUUGCGUGCAAAGUUUGAAAACUUUGCCGCCACAGCUGAAGAAGACGCACGAAAGCGUGCCGAAGAGCAAAAACGGUUGCGCGAGGAAAAGGAUCGACGCGAUCGAGAAGAAGCGGCAAAACGUGUUAAUUAUUCGGCAGAAUCAACGGCAGAACCGAAAAAACCGGAACGGAAAGGUCCUAUAAAUACGGGAAGAGAAGCCGGAGUCAGUAGUGCUAUCAACAACUUCAACAAACCCCAAGAAAAUGCCUCAUUGGAAAAAUCAAGAAAGGAUCCAAUUCUGCUACCGAAGGAAGAAGAACCGCGUAAGCUGGUACAGCCGGACGUGAUUCCAACAUCUGACUCCACUUCAGUAUUGACUGCAGCAGUUGAGCAACCCGAGACAGCACCCGAACAGAACAGCCAAGAGCCGGCACCAGUUACUCGUACAUCUUACAGCGCCACACCAGUAGCAGUGGCCGAUACAGAACAACCGGCCAGCACAGUGGUUUCCACCGGCCAAGAGCAGGAGGCGGAUGUCGAACCGCCUGUGCAAGAAGACGUGGAGGAAUUCAUUCUCUCUCCGGACAAUCCUGGCAUUCAAGCCAUUGCUUUGUACGAUUAUCAAGCUGCAGCGGAUGAUGAAAUAUCGUUUGAUCCGGACGAUAAGAUAACACAUAUCGAGAUGAUCGAUGAAGGCUGGUGGCGUGGAUGGUGCAACAAUAAGUAUGGACUGUUUCCGGCAAAUUACGUGCAGUUGCUGCAAUGAAUCGUGCUCAAAGUCAUUGUUCAACGGCACAAUUUUCUAUCUGCAAUAGCAUAGAUUGCAAGCAUUUAUAGCAUUUAUAUUUUCCAAUAUUCAUUUAAAAGCUUUUUUUUAUUAUCAAACCUUGUAAAACGCUUUUUCAUCAAAAUGGAUGAAACUUAAUUCCCUUUUAUUUUUCAUACGUGUUUCGAUAUGUAGGUAUCAAGUUCUUCCGUAUCAUAGUAUUUUCUUUAUUAGGUAUCCAAAAAGUGAAGGUAUUAAUGACAGUGUGCUUGCAUAGUAAAAAAUUAUAUUCUUUCAGAUCGGUAUGCAAAUCUUCACAUCUUUUACGAUGUGCGCAAUCAAGAACAUGCAAGCGAAUACGGGAGAACCUGCCAAAAAACAGAUCGUUGAUACUCCUGCUAGAAAACUAUUGUAAGCAAGUUGUGCUCUAACCGUUAAAAAUGUCCACAUUUGGAAAAAUGGGAUUCGUUUUAAUCGAAAUAGUUACAAAAUAAAGUAGAUUAACUCUGACGGGUAUAA